AUCGAUAUGAGAUACAGAUUAACAGUAUAUAGAUUAAGUAGAAGAAAAAACGAGUUUAACGUACAUUCAUCAAAAAUGUUGUUAUUAUUAGUUCAAUGACAUUCGACAUUGUUUUCAGACCAAAUAUGUGAAGCUCAUUGAAACUCGAUAUACCGGUUUUAACAGUUGUGGAUAGAGUUAGUAGAUUGAUUCGGAAUUUACCACCUGCAGUGUUUCCAAGUUGUUACAACUUUUCAUGGCAUUGUACAGACUGCAUAUCUUUUCGAUAACUUCUUCUUCUUUGGCACAACAAUCGUUGUCGGUCAAGGCCUGCCUGUACCCACUGACGAAGUGAGCUUGGCUUUCAGUGACUUAUUGUUACGAUUGCAGGAUAGUAUGGGGACACGGUCUAUUCGGGGCUUGAACCCAUGAUGGGCAUGUUGUUAUGUCGUACGAGUUGACGACUGUACCACGAGACCGGCUUUUCGAUAACACAAUCUAUUUAUAUUUAUUUCCUUCACUUUGAAUACGUGCAACUUACUUUCCCAUCAGCUUUCUUUUCUUUUGUGUGGGUUUAAUUUCUCGUGCUAUGUUCGAUUCUGUAACAACAACAAAAAGUCACAGUACUUAUGAUGGUCAUUAAGAUAUCAAAGAACAACAUCUGAAAAAACAAGCGUCCGAAACAUGAGUUACGUUUCAAGCAGUAUCUUUCAAUUGACUGAAGAUAUAAAUAUACCCCCCAUUAAAAGAGAUGACAAAAAUUGGACACUGUGUUUAGUUAGACAACAAAUUUCACAUUCGCCAGUACGCCUGCUUCAGCCAUUGACUUAAAAUGCAAGUCGUCGUUAUAGUCUUUAUAGCGUUCAUUUUGAGCGUAACGGAAAUAUCAGCUCGAUUUAUAUCUGAUAACAUAUGUUUGGCAAUGCCAAAUGGUCAGAAGCUUCCUAUUACUGAUGAUUGCGGAUCAUACAUAGUAUGCGAGUACAAUGUGCAAAAAGUUCAGCGCUGCGCAUAUGGCACCCUUUUCGAUCCGAUUUCGAUGGUAUGCAACUGGGCCUCUUUUGUCAAGUGUGGACAAACACCGUCGCUCCCGCCAAUUAUUCUUGCACCCUCGUCCACUUCUGUUGCAAUUCCGACUACGUUCAAGCCACCAGCGGAAUUUCCAAGCAUACCGACCGCACCGACGCCACUACCGACAACUGUAACAGUGAGAACAACCACUAAUAACCCGUAUGAGCCUCCGUAUAUUCCUACAGCUCCUACCGCUUCACCCACACUGCGACCUCCUGUAGUCGUUACUUCCAUUCCGACGAUACGUCCAACCACUACCACACGUCCAGUGAUUACAACCACUCCCCCGUUCAAACCACCUAUGAACCCUUAUCCAUUCUGUACCCCGGAAGAGUUUAGCUUCAUCGCACACCCAACAGCAUGUGAGAGUUACUAUAUUUGUGCCUACGGUAAGCUGAUUCUGCAUAGCUGUGGACAUGGUGUUUACUGGAAUACAGCCACCAAUCAGUGUGACUUUCCGGAAAAUACCGACUGCACUAAUCUUCCUAAUCCGGCCGCUCCGGAAACGUCUACCCCGUCCGCUGAAACAACAACGAUAUCAAGCACUCCGGACUGUUAUGGCAGUAACAUUUUUUACCCCAACUACAACGACUGUAGCCAGUAUUACAUCUGCAUCGGGCUACAGCCAAUAUUGAUGAGCUGUCCCACCAGCUAUUUGUGGAAUAGUAAAACAUCUCAAUGCGAUCAGCCUGGUAAUGCAGUAUGUGCGCAGAAAUAACAAAUUUGCUCUUAUAGGAAUGAUAAUUUUGAAUGAUGAAAAACGUGAAUAAAUUUUUUCUUCCGCAUCUGAUAAUGAAA